CCGAGCCCGCGGGGACGCUGCGGGGGGACCAGGCUGAGGCGGCGGCGGCGCGACGUGAGCUGCGGCGGGCCCGCGGCGUCGGGCGGUGCGGAUGUCGGGCUGGGCGGAUGAGCGCGGCGGCGAGGGCGACGGGCGCAUCUACGUGGGGAACCUUCCGACAGACGUGCGCGAGAAGGACCUGGAGGACCUGUUUUACAAGUACGGCCGCAUCCGCGAGAUCGAGCUCAAGAACCGACACGGCCUCGUGCCCUUCGCCUUCGUGCGCUUCGAGGACCCUCGAGAUGCUGAGGAUGCAAUUUAUGGAAGAAAUGGUUAUGAUUAUGGCCAGUGUCGGCUUCGUGUGGAGUUCCCCAGGACUUACGGAGGUCGGGGUGGGUGGCCCCGUGGUGGGAGGACUGGGCCUCCUACAAGAAGAUCUGAUUUUCGAGUUCUUGUUUCAGGACUUCCUCCAUCAGGCAGCUGGCAGGACCUGAAAGACCACAUGCGAGAAGCUGGGGAUGUCUGUUAUGCAGAUGUGCAAAAGGAUGGAAUGGGGAUGGUUGAAUAUCUCAGAAAAGAAGAUAUGGAAUACGCCCUGCGUAAACUGGAUGACACCAAAUUCCGUUCUCAUGAGGGUGAAACUUCCUACAUCCGAGUUUAUCCUGAGAGAAGCACCAGCUAUGGCUACUCACGGUCUCGGUCUGGGUCAAGGGGCCGUGACUCUCCAUACCAAAGCAGGGGUUCCCCACACUACUUCUCUCCUUUCAGGCCCUACUGAGACAGGUGAUGGGAGGUUUUUCUUUAUUUUUUAGAUGACCUGAGCUGCUUUGUGCUCAGAAUCUACAUUCCAGAUUGAUGAUUUAGUGUCUUAGGAAAUUUUUUAAAUUUUUUUUUUUUUUUAAGGAAAAAAACUACAUAAUUUCUACCAGGGCCAUAUUAGCAGUGACAUGUUUUAAACUGCAGGCAUUGUGGUUUUGGUUCAGAAACAAGUUGUAUAUUUUUCACCCCUGAUUAUGGGAAAAAAAAAAAUCAGUGCUGUGUCUUUGUGGGUUGCUCUGCUAUGGAGAACAGCAGCUACUGUGACUGAGUUGGCCCAUUCUGUUUAGAAAUAUAUUUUAAAUGUUUAGUAAUUGA